AUGAUUGGAGCCCUCAAUCGAUUCAUUGAACGACGUAGUAGACCUCUAACUUUCUUGGCCACUACGAUUGGAGGCGGCUACCUUCUGGUAUCUUACAUCAAAUCAAAGUUGGAUGAGAUUCAGGAGGAAUUGGCCCGCAAUCGGCUUACUACAGAUAACCUGAGGCGUCGUUUCCAUCAAAAUCAAGAUGACUGCCUCUUUACCAUCACAGCAUUGGUCCCCACUAUCGGUAAUCAGAUUCUGGAGUCCAUGAAUGUCGAACGACUGGCGGAUUUACUUAAUCAGACCAAGAAGCCGCGACUAUCCGAUCACUCUGAGCCCAUCACGCCAAAUAACAAUCAGCAGGUGGUCUCUGAUAUCACGGCAGACUCUGAAAACGCAAGCGAAAUUCCAAACGAUCCAAUUCCACCCCCCAGCAUUGAAGUGAUCCCUGAAGAGGAUACUUCUCUUCCUCAAUCAGAUCUCCCAUCAGCUCUUAAUGGCUCUAGUUCAAGCACUGGAGAGUCCGAACGCUCAGCUUUGAGCCCAAACCGAAUGAACGGCCUUCCUCCAUCGAUGAUUUGUAAACCCGAAAGUGAAGCCGUCAUUGAUGUACUCCUCAGACCAGAUGGUACAGCGCUCCGAAAACGAUCCGAGAUUUGGAAAGAAGUCAUGGUGCUCUCCUUUACUCGGCUAUUCACUUGCCUUUAUGGAAUAGCGCUUCUAACGAUGCAGACUCACAUUCAACUUGGUUUGUUGGGGCGAGAUGCAUACCUGAGCAGCGUUAUCAGUGCCGAUGAUCCCGAUGCUCAUGCUCAUGGGCCAGACGAACAUGAUCGGCUGUAUGUAAUACGAAAGCACGAUCUCAUGGACGCUAGCACUGAACGACGCUAUCUAACAUUUUCGUGGUGGUACUUGCAUCACGGGUGGAGACUCUUAUCCAACCGGAUCAGGGUUGCUGUAGAGGAUGUCUUGUCUCGGAAAAGCCUCAAGGAUGAUAUGAGUCUGGCCGAUCUUUCACAGAUCUUCAGAGACAUAAGGUCGAAGGUGGAGGAGAAGGAUGAUGGAGAACCGUUCAGUUUCUCGCCCGUCUUGCUACCUUCUACUACUCUUGAGGAGCUUGAGACAUUGAGGUCCGGAGGAAUGUCACCAAUCGACUGUGUCGUAAACGCACGAUUACGGGAAUUAUUGAACGAGACUCAAGAUUUCAUCGAUUGUGACGAUUUUCAUCUCGUCUUGGUCUCAUUAAUGGAUCGAGUGACACGAAGGUGUUUACAAAAUGUCGCACAAAAGUCUAAUGUAGAAUUUGUCCAUCCGAGAUUUCUGGAGUUGAAGGAUGAUGAUCCAAGUGAAACAGAGAAAAAAUUCAAAACAUGUAGAUUUGUUACACUCUUACCUAUCAUCACUAGAGAAAGUCAUCACAUCCUCAAUAUGUUACCCAAUGAAUAUACUGAGCUUUUGAGCAACACUGUUGAGCUGAAGGAGUUUUCAAGUGUGAUUUAUACCAGUUUUGACAGUUACAGCUGA